AUGAGUGUUGAUUUUCCAAGGACUCUCGGUUGGUUUAAUGAGAUGGCUCCUACAAUUGGAGCUGAAAUUUCGAAAGAAAUAGACGUUUUAGAAAUAAUAUCAAGAAUAUUUGCUAUUUUAGAGCGAGAACACCCUGAACUUCAAUAUACUCAAGGUUUCGAUCGGUACGCAUACAGCUUUUUUGCAAUGGCUUUAAGUUUUUGCCAAAAAGGCUCUUUGCCAAUCGAAUUCGGCGAAGCAAUUACAUAUCAUCUCGUUUGUAAUACAAUAAGCUUGCUUCCAAUGACAAAACUCCUUGAUGAUCAACAAAAAUUAAUGGAACAUUUUGACAGGCUUGAUAAGGUUUUAAUGAAUUAUGACUAUCAGAAAUACAAAUUACUUACAGAUUUCAAUGCUUCGAUCCUCUUCUUUGGAGUUCGUUUCGAAAUGUUAUUAUUUGCAGAUGAACACUCUUUUGAAGAAACUCUACGAAUAUGGGAUCAAAUCUUCGGUAGAUUAGAAAGUUAUGAAUACAUGAUAAACGCAUUUACCCUUGCUCAUGUUCAUCAGGCAAAAAUUGAAGAUGAUUGCCCGAAUGUCUUAGAAUCUAUACUUCACAACCAGAAAUGGGAUGUUGAUAAGCUUAUUUUAGAUGCAAAUGCAUUGCUACAUCAUCAGAAAAGUAUCAAAGAAACUUUAUGUGAAGCAUGUUGUCCAAAACUUACAAGAUUCCAUGGAUACUCGAUCGCUUCCGAUUUUGUGUUUUUCGAAUAA